CCAGCAUAUCUUUUAAACCUCGUUCAAUUAUAUUGUAAAUGUCGGCUAAAUUAUAAUGGGAAUAUGGUAUAUCAGUCAAUAAAAGCAAUUUGGGCUUCGAUGAAUGCCGCCUCAUCUUUUAAGCACUUGAGAAUUUGUGGGGAUUAGAUGCGCUCGGCAGUAAUGUGAAUGUCAUGUCAGUCUGAGUUCUUGUGCGUAACCAUACCGAAGCAGAUUUGAGGGUGAACCGUCUUGACAUAUUUAAAGGAAGUGCAUGGUGGGUCAUCUUGACUAUGAAACUCCGUAGCUCAGCUUGAAAGAACGCCAUUCCGACAAAUGAAUGCCUGAAGAAGACCUCGCACAACAAGCCCACUGCGCCAGUAUAACGCAACGUCUGAGCUGACAAAGCAAGCAACUAUCACUUUCCAGACAAACAACAGUGAGGAAGGGCUUGUGCCGACACAGUUUGGCUUGAAAAAAGCAAGAAAAUGUGUGCUUUAAAGGUAAGAAAAACACUCGAAAUCCCACGCUUUUUCUGAACAAACAGAGCUUAGUUUCUUUCUUUGAAUAGUUUCCGAAUAAUUUGGGCGGUUACUGUUUUGAAAAUGGCCCACAAAGAGAGGUCUUCCGGAACAGAAGGGUAUUGCAAGAAAAUUAGGGAAAUGCUUUAUGAUCUUUCUUUGCAAGUGUAAGAGCGAUAAAGCACUCAGAUUAUGUUUCAUUGCAUGCGAAUGCGCGUCUCAUGGCAUUCAUAAAUGGUUCAUAAUUGACUUUGUUUUACGAGAUCAACUAUACAGAUAAUUAUCGGCAAAUGAAGUUCUAUUUGUACAAGUUAUCUUUUUGAUGAUGGAGAGUUUCCAAGUUUCGUUAAAGGUAAGUAGUCUAGAUCAAUGUAACACAAUGAGGUUUGUCACGACAAAGGUAAAAUGUUUGCCAAACAAAGCGGUCGAAUCGGUCAGUUUUAUUGAUUAGUUUAUAAUGAGACAUUCUAAUUCGAUACCAAUUUGAAGGAUAAUUGCAUCUUCCCAUAAUGAAACGAUUUGUGGUAUAUAGUUUAGUUAUAAGCUCCAUUUAGUUUCACAUAGCUCUGAUGGUAUAUGCUCUGAUUUAACACUAUAUGUGUAUGUUAAAUAUGGAUCCAUUUCAAGGCACUGUGCGCAAUAGAGCGUUUUUCAUCGACAUCGCAAAAUGAUUUGUUGUCUUGGUUAAUCUCUUAAUGUAAUGGUUGCAUUGAUUAUAUGUAAAAAAAGUAUAAAUAAGGGAUCAUAGUAUAUCGGUGUUUUCAUAUCACAGUAAUAAACGUCGAUAAAAAAUCUUUUCAUAUUACUGUGGCGAGUAACUCGUAUCGGCCCAUGGUCAUGGAGCUAUCGAGCCGAAAGGGAGUGAAAGCAAAUUUUAUCCAAUUUAAAAUGUCAACUCUUUAUACAUUGGUUAAUUUCAGAAGUUGUAUUAUAAACUGGAAGUCAUCAUGAUGGUGAUUUUUGAACAACUCAAGGCGACUUUUGAACAUGGUUCAUUUUGAACUUACGGCGAUUUUUGAACAUAGUUGAUUUUUGAACAUUUUUGAAGAUGGUUAUUUUUGAACAGUAUACCUCGUCAGUUCAACAUACAUUUUGGUGUUUGAAACCAAUAUAUAACUCUUCCUAUAUAACAACAACUAUUUGUACAUAUGAUAUACGACAUACACACUUAAGUCUCUUAACAAGUUUCAUCACAAUUCCAAAUUUGGAAACUGAACUCCAAAGCUUCGCCACAGUCAGGAAAUACUGCAUAAAUCAAAAAGAAAUUUCUUCACCAUCUUAAUCCGUUAAUCGUCGUGAGAUAUGAAGAUGUGGUCACAUGCGAACGAGGCUCAGAUAUUGUCUUUUAAGAAUCUAGUGUAACAUUUACAUUUUAAUUAAGCGCACUGUAAAAGGUGUGCAAAAUGAGCUAUUUGUAUUUUCGUAUGUCAUCUUGUUACGUAUACUUUGUUGGCUUGUUUAUCUAAUUGUAUCUUGUAAUACUUUUCUAUCUUGUUUAAUUGCCAAGUAAUUUGCGACAAUCUUUGCGCGUUUGAUCUGCCAGAUAGGGCGCAACUAUAAUUAACGAGUAAUCGCAUUGCGCAAAUUAGAUUCCGUUACCGCUUUAUUUAUGUUUUCACAAUUAUCGGCAGUUAAAUAUCAUCUUGAAUAAAUAAAUAAAAAUAAACUUAGAAUAUUCCAUAAUAUGGUGUCGCAACGAUCUUAAAAACCAGACAGCAUGCAUGUGUUUCAUUAUUCACGCGGGAUUUAUGCGUAUAUUAUUAUGCAAGUGUCUCAAAUUGGCAACCAGUGGUUAGAGGUCCGCAUAGUCAGGUCAUCCCAGGUCAGCAUAGACGAUAUAAACUAGUUUCACAAUCGAUAAUCCUCAGAGAAUAUUCAUCAUUCUGACCCAGCCAACUGGACCAACGCCCGGUUCGACUUAAAUGGUUGGACAGUGCAUAGAAUAAAAUUAUCGAAACGACGUUGAAAUUUUCAAUCUAAUUUCAAAAUUGGCUCAAGGGAAAAAUGCCUCCUCGGUCUUCCAAUCUUUUUAAAAUAUUUUAAUGUAACUUUAAAAUCUUUUUAAAAUAUAUUUACUAAUAAUGUUAAAUAUAUGUAACGUUAAUAUAUGUAACGUUUUUGAAAUUUCAAAAUCCUCUCACUGAUCAAUAAUCCGCCAAGGUGUAAUAAUAUUCUUAAAAAAAACUAAGUCUGAGAGGUCUCAUCAAAUUUUCUGAUACAAGCUAAGGUUACAUUGAACCCGUGAGAACCUUUAAAGAUUAGUAAAUUUCCAAAUCAGUAGGAUAUAUUUAACUUUCCCAAACUAUUUAUAUUAGUCCCAUGAUUUAGCUAACCCAUCAUGUAGGAAACCAAUAUAUAGCCAGAGAAAAACCAACAUUGUACUUUGUCGCUUUAACAAAGGCUUCUCUCGGUUGAAACUCAGCACUACGUCUCUACAAUUACAUUGGGAACAAAUUACAAACUCGACAUUUAUAAUAGGAUCAAUGGUUGGACUCCGACCGAAACAGUAGUGUUUCUAAAAAUUAUAUAAUUAUCAAAUUUUCGCUCCUAGCGAGAGACCGAAAUUGGGAACACACGUGUUUUAUAACUUUUGGCUGGUCUGUGUCCAAGGACGACAAUCCAUUUCAGAAAGUGGAUGAAGAAGGAGCCGGCCGGUAGACCUAUGGGCCCUUUAAUUUUGUGGUAUUUUCACAACAUUGUUUAGGGCACAAUCUAUGACUAUGCCAGUCAUUAUUGUUCAAUUGAAACAGGGCUUCGGUGGGAUAGGGUUUCGGAGGUUGCUAUAUUGUCGAGGUUUUUAAAAAAAUAAGAAUUUUAAUCGCAAAAUGAUGUCAGUUCGACCACAAUUGAGGCUGAAUAACUAUUAAUCCUGUGUCAUGAAUUGUAAUGAGAAGCAAAGUAUGGCAAAUGAUGAUAUAUUUAUCCCCAAUCCAAAAUAUGUGUGUAUGACACAAAUGCCUGUAUUGUAAAAGCUCACUCACACUGGCAAUGAGUGGAGGUUCAAUCUGAGCUUCUCUUGAGUGUCAAUGCGGUUUUUGAAUAGCUGGACGGUGAGUAGUCGCAUAGUAAGGUACGAUAACAACCCUACAGCUAUUCACAAACAGCAAUGACACUCAAGAGAAGCUCAGAUUGAACCUCUACUCUUUGAGUGUGAGUGAGCUUUUGGAAUACAGGCGUUGGACUGACACCCUUUUCUGUGUAUGUACAUAGAAACUAUCAUCUACCUUAAAGAUUCGAAACUCUUCCAGUUUCCAGUAAAGGAUUAGCUAGACUGCACCCCCUGCUCGUUCUGUAUACAGGGGUGUUGUCGCUUGGAUGAAUGCCUGUUCCUGUACGGGGGGAGGGGGUAUUCAUUUCCCACAGCCAUCAACACUGAAGUUCUGUUCGCACUGUUUGUCCAGUUGUGAACAAGUUUGGCACAAGCUGUUAACAACUUGUAACAAGCUUGAUGGUAUUAUCAGGCUUAUUGCAAGGUUGUUCCAACAAGUCCGACACAGUCAUGAUAUAACAAUAUUGUUACAACUUUGUGUCGUCAACCUUGUAACACUCUUGUUAUAUCAUGACUGUAUCAGACUUGUUACAACAACCAUGUUAUUCAUGUAACAAGUCUGAAAAUGCCAUCAAGCUUGUUACAAGUUGUCAACAGCUUGUUCGAAACUUGUUACAACAACUGGGAACAAGCAAUGCAAAUACAACUUGCGAACAGAUUUGUGAACAGAUUUGUCAGUAUAACUUGUUGCAGACCUGUAACAACUUGUGCGUUUAGUAAGUAUAAAUUCACAUAGAGGUUUUUUCCUUUUUUGGAUUCCAGGCUAUUCUUCUUUUUCACUUUGUCGUUAGUGCAAUUCUUAUAACAUCGACUCCAAGCAAUGCAAAGCGACUUCGUCUCUCGUCGAACAAGAAAGCGACAUCAGGCUAUUUGAAUUACAUAAACGGAUUGUUUUCUGACAGAAGUAUAAAGAGAAGACCACGGCAUCUUAGUUUUAAGAACAACACUCCGUCAGGAAGGAUGAAAGUUCAGUUAUAUUGUAGAACUGGAUUUCUGCUUGAGAUUCUGGAUAGUGGAAGAAUCGUUGGCACUCAAAAUGUGUCAUCUGAACACAGUAAGUAAAAAUCGCGAACAAAUUUGGGAAAAGAAAUAUUAAUUAGUGGUUGUAGUGACUCGACAAAAUUUUCACCCCCCCCCCCAACUCAAAGUGGUCUAGCACCACCCCUGAUUCCAUUUUCAUUCAACUCAGGUCAAAUAAGAAGCAGUGAAAUUCUGCUCUAACGUAGCUGACCUUGUAACAAACCUUCACAGCAGACUUGUACAUGGCAAUGCUGUUCCAACAACUUUUCAACAGGAUUUCUUCGCAUUGCUUGUUCCCAGCUUGUUGACAAGUUGUCAACAGCUUGUUGACAACUUGCUACGAGGUUGUCAGGGUUUUUUUCAGGGACUUUUUAGGACCGUUAAACGGCCCCAAAAACUCAAUCUUGAAUUGAGUUUUGAAACUCAAUCUUCUCACCAAAGUUUCAGUGCAGUAAAAAUGAAGUUGUUUGAGUUAAAUUCGUGACGUGUGGAAUUUAGUUUUCAGUUGGAAACCCGACAAUUAAGAAAAAAUGGCUGGAAUUCAACUCACAACACAAGAAAUACUACGCAUUCGCCAUUUUUAACCAGUUUAUAGUGUCCAUCAGUGCUCCUGCUUUAACACAUUCUGUUCCAACUAGAUUUAUUGAGUACAAGUGUCAGCCCCCCGGUAGAGGUGGGGGGGGGGGGUGCAGCCACCCUAGCUGUUCAGCUAAACUCAAUCUUCUCUGCAAAAAUGGACCCAAGAGAAAAUCCUGAAAAAACCCUGGGUUGUUGAACUCAGCAGACUUGUUACAAGUUGUUCGAACAACAUGUUAUCGUCCUGCGAUUCAACAAUUCGUCAACAAGUUGUGAGUGACAAGCUUGUAGCAACUUGAUAAAAUAACAGCAUUGCCAUUGUUACAACUUGUUGACAAGCUCGCUACAAGCAUCUUGUUGACAAGUUGUGAGAUUUUUACGUGUGUAUUAGGCCAUUUCUGCAAAUUAUUUUAUUUCUCUACAUUUCUCUUUCUCAUUUAUCAAGCUAUUAUCGAAAUCCAGGUAUUUGGUCACAUAUUAAGACGUUUGAGAGGAGUCGCUUCGGGAAGAUAUCUCUCGCUCAGUAGCAAAGGACGUUUAUCCUCAACGGUAAGCAUGCAGCAAUCUUGCCAAUUUGUAGGUUUCAGUAAGCGAAUGGACAUCUUCAGAAAUUUCGGCAUUGAUAGGAUUAUUUAAAACCAAAUAAAUGACUUCUCAGUCUUCAUAUAAUGAAAAGAUUAAAACUUCCUGGGGACGGUUGUCUAAAACUCUUAAAUUACUUUUUAACCACAAUUUUGUAGUUACUGUAAAUAGUAUUCAAAAACUCAUUAAUAAUUCAUGAAGCAAUUAUCCAAUCUUGAGUAAGAAAUUAGUCACAUGCAUACGUCUUUAUACCAGCUAAAGAACACUUUAACAAAAGACCAUUGUUAUGCAAACUAUAUAAAGAUUUUUAUAUAAAGGUUUUUAUAUAAAGAUUUUUAUAUAAAGAUUUGACUUUUUGAAGCCAUUUAAAAAACUCGCAAAACACUCCUGCUACACUCCAACUUAUAAAACACUCCUGCUAGUUUUUUAAAUAGUACGUUAAAAUUACAGUUGUAACAAACAUGCAGCAGACUUGUAGCAAUGCUGUUCGAACAACUUGUCAACAGGAUGUGUUCGCACUGCUUAUUCCCAGCUUGUUGAUAAGUUGUCAAAUAAGGCUUGUUGACAAUUUGCUACAAUGUUGUUGAGUUCAUCAGACUUGUUACAGGCUGUUCCAACAAUUUGUUAUCGUCCUGCAAUUCAACAAUUUGUCAACAGGUUGUGAGUGGCGACCUUGAUAAAAUAACAGCAUUGUUACAAUUGUUGACAAGCUUGCUACAAGCUUGUAGCGAACAUAUCUUGUUGACAAGUUGUGAGAUUUUUACGUAUUGUGUUUAUAGCUUUUUUCAGUAUACAACUGAAAAAUCUGCCACAAGAUAGCGCUUACAAUAUGCAAUAACUGCAAUAACAUUAUUUCUUUUACAGCGGCAUUCCAAUCGAAAUAAGCCGAACACAUUUUUCAAUGAAAAACACGAAGAGAACCACUGGAUCAGUUACAGCUCGAGCUCUCACACACGAAACUGUGUGGGAUGGAAGAAAGACCCUUCGAGAGGAAACGAGUGGUUCAUUGCCAUAAAAAAGAAUGGCUCAUUGAAACGCCCUUGCAAAACCGAACCAGGAAUGCAUUCAACACAAUUUGUUGCUUUGGAAGGAAAACGCGAAGCCAUUCUGGUUGAAGAGAACUCUUUGGGAACUAACAAUUAAAUUGACUAAAUUGGGCAACUUACUUGGCCUUUGUAUCGCAACAAAAGAAUGAUUUGCACCCUUGAAUUGAAUUUUAAAUGUAGAAUUUAAUUGUUGCUACUGUAGUUUAGUCAAUUCAAGAAGUCUAGUUGGUUUGUGACAAUUUAUUUUGAUAGUUGCUAAUUCUAUAAGCAAAAACACCGAUUGCAAUUGGAGCAUGUUCUUUUUUUCAAUUCAGUGCAAAUGCAUAUUUCUCCAAAUUGUUUUAGCAAUAAAUAUAAUAUUUAAAAAGUCAAGCACAAAAUCUCAAGUAUAAAAGCAGCCACUGUUUAAAAGCUUGAAUAUACUGGUAAGUUUGUAAAAAUAAAUUGGUUUGUAGAAAUAAGUAUUAAUUAAUAUAGAUCUAGAGCUAGAGGUAAUCAAUUUUCAAUGUAUUAUUAAAGAAAGAUUCAAUAAAAAAUCUUGCCUUUGUCCUUCA